AUGGUCUCUUUUGCGGUCUUCGCCGCCGCCGUGCUAGGCAGUCUGCCUUUUGCUCUCACCGCACCGAGUGGUACUGCCUCACUUAUCAAUCAUGAAACAGUCGGGAAGCAGCUCGAAGUCCGUCAAGGUGGCUACUACUCCUUUUGGUCGGAAGGAGGUGGCUCAUUCCGUUGCAACCAACAAGGUGGCGGAAAGUACACGUGCAACUGGUCAGGACAGCCUGGUGGUGGCUUCGUUGCUGGUACAGGUUUCAAGCCUGGGGGCUCGAGGACAGUCAAAUAUUCGGGUACAUACGACGCCAAGGGCCCCGGUUACCUCGCCCUCUAUGGCUGGACGCGCAAUCCCCUCAUCGAAUACUACAUCAUCGAGUCGUACGACGUCCUCGCCCCAGGUGAGCCUUGGACGCGCAAAGGCAACUUCACUUUUGAAGAAGGCACCUACGAUCUAUACACUAGCCAGCGCCCUCGACUUGUGGAGCUGUAG